AAUGACCAAAGUGACAGAUGAGAUGAGUCCCUGUGGGCAAAGGCGUUAGCUCAGAUCCAUUGUGUGACAGACUAUAUGAUAUGUUCAUAUGGUACUUUUGUGCAGAACUGCAUGAGUGCCUCUCCGGGGAAUAAGAGGUGCCCUUUUGUCUUAUGCGUGCUUAGGUCAGUUGAGCUUGUUUGCGGUAUUCACUUUCACUUGGGAGUCAAGCAGAGACCUCCGUGUGCUAGCAGGCAGUGUCAAUAUGGAUUUAAUUUGGGCACUUGUGUGUUUGGGAGUUUGUUCCGCUGCAACCGGCUCCACUCAAGCACCAUUAUUUGUGAUGACAGGACCUGAGGUGCUGCCUGCUGGGAUGCCCUCACUGCUGGCUGUAACGGUCUUCUAUGAGUUUCCUAUCAGGAUUGAAGCUGAAGUUUCACAUCACAGCACAAAAGUCACCAAAACUGCUGACUUCCAAGGAGGUGUGACUCAGUUGCUUACUUUGCCUGCAUUCCCCACCUUCCUAACCCAAAGUUCCCGCUUGAAUUUUACAAUAACGGGCUACCAUGAUGGAAGAUUUGUCUUCUCCAACAUCACCAACCUCACUUUUGAUGUCAGGAACAUCUCAUGCUACGUUCAAACUGACCAAUCGCAUUAUCGCCCGGGGGAUACUGUCAGAGUCCGAGCUGUUUGUGUUCAGUUGGAUAAUCUCCCGUACAAAGGGAGAGUGGAUCUCUCAGUUGAGGAUUCCAGUGAGGAUGUUGUGGAAACGUGGGAGUCCACAGCGAAUCAUGGGAUUGUGUUUCACAAAUUCACUUUAUCCCAGACUCCUCCUCUGGGAACAUGGACAGUCAUCAUCACAAUGCAUGGUGUGACUGAUAAGAAAACAUUCAUUGUGGAGCAUGAGGAGCCUCCUAAAUUUGAUGUGCUGGUCAGGACGCCGCCAAGAGUUCUUGAUGAAGAAGAUAUAUCUGGAUCAGUGAGAGCCAUUUAUCCCAAUGGACAACCUGUGCAGGGAACCCUCAAUAUCUCACUCACUCAGCCGACUGCCGUGGAGGACUUAACACAAACCAAAGAGAUCUAUGGAUCAGCUCAAUUUUUCUUCAGCAAUGGUCAGCUUCAGAGCCUCCAUAUAUCAUCAAAAAUGGAGGAUGGCGUACUUAUUAAAGUGUGCGUUACUGACAAGUCAACAGGAAUUGAAGUCAGCAAAACAGUUAAAGUCCACCUGAUAAGGAACACAUUCCAGCUUAAGUUCUGUGAUUUCCCCCAGUCUUUGAAGCCAUCGUUGACCUUCUUUACAAAACUUAGCAUCUCCCGCUACGACAAAAAGCCCCUGAACACCGAUAAUCGAAAGUACUCUGCUGUGGUUGACGUCACUCAGUGGUCAUCUAUGAUGAGAGGAAGUACCACGAUGACUCUUCCAGUGCCGAUAGAUGGGAAUGUCCACAUUAAGUUUAAAUUACAGUAUGACGUGCAGAUGAUUUUAAUUCACGCCAGAUACCAAUCAACUGUCGAGACACUGACGCUCUACACAAACUACUCAUCUCCAAGUGACUCAUAUCUUCAGAUUACCCCCGGAGUGCCUGCAAUGAUCGGAUCGCCCUAUCAAAUAGAGACAGAAAGCACAAUUCCACUAUCCAAGAUUCAUUAUGUGGUGACUUCAAGAGGUCAAGUGGUGACAGCGGGGUCAAACACUUCUUCCUCCUUUUCCCUGGUGCCAACAUUGUCCUGGUCCCCUGAGGCCUGUAUCACAGUCUAUUCUAUCCUCCCUGAUGGAGAGAUCAUUAGUGACACAGCACGGAUAACUGUUGCUCAGCAAGCAUAUGUUUCUCUACAUUGGAGCAAUGAAAGAGCCCGUCCAGGAGAACGAGUAACGCUCACCGUGACGGCCAUUACUCCAAAUUCCCGUGUCGCAAUUUUGGUGAUGGGAAUGCAUGAUGAGGAUCCACAGGCUGACUCUGAUUUAGAAGCAGGGCAGGGAUGCAAUAUGAAGAUUUUCUCCAAUGUUCCACUGCAUAUGAAUGAACACUUGGUGGAUAGAUCAGAAAAUUAUGGCAAUGUCCACUUAGUAGAAAAGUACUGGAAACACUGGGUGCAUAGAGGUGAGGACCAACUGUGGUUUGAUGCUACACUCAGUGAUAAAACAUGGACAAGUGGGGCAAUAACAGUUCCAGAUGGUGUUACGUCGCUGGUAGCUGCUGCACUGAUAAUGUCAGAUGACUUGGGUUUGGGAUUCACUCCUGUGCCACAAAAGCUGAAUGUGGCCAAAGAUUUCUCCUUGUCUCUUAAUGUUCCACACUACAUCAUUAGAAGAGAGGAGCUUGUACUGGAGGUGAACAUCAUCAACCACUUAGCGCGAGACUUAGAGGUGAUUUUGGUUUUAUCUGAAAGCGAGGCCUUUGAGUUUAUUUUGGCAAAGCAUGGUGACAUCUCCAUGGUCAAUGCUCAAACGCUCAUCUUAGAAGGUUAUGGCUCAGCCACAGCCUUGUUCCCCAUCAGGCCUGUGGUUAUUGGGGAACUGCAAAUAUCUGUGGACGCCAUAGCUGCAGACUGCUCAGAGAGCCUCGUCUGGAACGUUCUUGUGAAGCCCGAAGGAGUGGAACAAUCUUUUUCAGAGACACUUUUUCUUGAACUGGAACCACUGGCCCACAACUACUCCCAGUCCAUCUCCAUCUCUUUGCCUCCGCAUGUGGUGGAAGACAGCCAGAGAGCCAAUGUGGUAUUAGUGGGUGAUGUGUUGGCCUUGUCCAUCCAACACUUGAAUUCACUGGUUCAAUUGCCAAUUGGAUGUGGAGAGCAGAACAUGAUCCACUUUGCUCCAAAUAUUUAUGUGCUCCAAUACCUGGACAGGUCGAACCAGGAGAAUAAAGAGAUGAGGAGCACGGCUUUGGGCUAUAUGUUUGAAGGCUAUCAAAGACAGCUAUCCUACCAAAAAGACGAUGGAUCCUUCAGUGCUUUUGGUGCUCAAGAUCCUGCUGGUAGCACAUGGCUGACAGCCUUCGUCCUGAGGUGCUUCCUCCAGGCUCAACCCUACAUGCACAUUGACGAAACGGUCAUAAAUAGAGCCAGAACUUGGCUCAUGGGCCUCCAGGGACCCCAAGGAGAAUUCUCUGAGGUGGGGCGCUUGAUGCACACAGAGAUGCAAGAAGGACUGGAUAACGGCCCCGUGGCCCUCACUGCUUUUGUUAUGAUGGCCCUACUGGAGAACAAAACUUAUGUGGACAAGCACUAUGACAAAGUAUCCCUGACCAUAACGUACCUGGAGAGAAGUGUAACCAGUGAAGUGCUCAGCAACUACACAUUGUGUUUAGCAGCGUACGCGUUAGCUCUGGCCAACAGUUCUGUGGCUGGCACAGCGCUGGAGGAACUGAGCACCAGAGCUGACUACAGAGAUGGCAUCAUGAUGUGGGCAUCCUCUGCUGGCCCGGACGUACAUGAGGGCCAACCACACUCGUCUCAGGUAGAAAUGGCCUCCUAUGUAACGCUGACACAUAUUCAGCGUGGAAGCUAUGUGGAGGGCAUCCCGUUUCUCAAGUGGUUAAUCAAGCAAAGGAACUUCUUGGGUGGCUACAGGAGCACACAGGACACAAUAGUUGCUCUCCAGGCAGUAGCCUACUAUGCUGCAUUUAGUGGCUCCAACUCCAUCAACCUCCGUCUCCUUGUAUCUUCCUCGAAUUCUUCUUUUACCUUUCCCAUCAACUCCACCAGCUAUUUGGCAUACCAGCAGCAUGAGAUCAAUGCUGACCAGGACAUACAUCUAAAUAUAUACAUAGAAGGAAGAGGAUUUGCCGUAUUUCAGAUGAAUGUCUUUUACAACCUGGAGAGCAAAGCAUUUUUACAGAACCAAGUUUUGCAUGCCAAAAACCAGGAGGAUUUUGUUUUAAAAGUGGACGUGACGGAAGAGGAAAACCACGAUUACUUGUUCUUAUCUGUGUGUGUCAGGCUGAAGAACAAUCAAGUGAUUCCUCACACAGGCAUGGUUAUCCUGGAUGUCGGCCUGCUCAGUGGUUUUGCUCUCGCCGCUGGCGCUGCUGCCUCAAUACAAUCAAUAAGAAAGGUGGAAACAUUGCCUCAGAAAAUCACCCUCUACCUGGAUUCACUCAACAAGUCAGAACUUUGCAUCCCACUUCCAUUGGUCAGAGUUUUUAAAGUGGCCCGAAUUCAAGAUGCACUAGUGCAGGUUUAUGACUACUAUGAGCCUACGAGAAGAGCAGCGACAACUUAUAAUUCAGAAAUUCCUCGCCUCAUGGACGCUUGUGACUUCUGUGGUGAAGACUUGCAUCUGUGUCUGCUGGGAAAUCCCAUCGUGGUGGCCUCAUCAGUGCCCUCAUUACAUAGCACCACGUGUAGCCUUUGUUGCUUAUUACUUGGAAUAACUUUGCUUUAUUGCAGUCUAAUUUGAUUGGAAUGUUCGCACCGGUGGUCAGCAGGUCUACCUUGAAGGCAAUGUAAUGAAGAAAGAUGAAGGCUCAAUUGUAUAAAGCAGCAAAAUUGGAGGACAACUUUAAAAAAAAUUGCUUAUUAAUGACCCUUUGGUCAAAUUUGAUCCAGAUCCAUGUUAAACCUGAUACGUCCUUUGCUCGUUCACUGGAAAUGCAUUUUUGAUUGAUGUGCUGUAUGUUUUAUAAGGGUUUCUUGGACUUUAAAGCAAAGUUUUUUUAUUUUUUAAAUCAGACAUGGAGUGAAGUAAAUUUAGGGGUAUCAGUUUCCCCACAAAAAAUACAAUAAUGCAUGUACAGUAUAUCAUUCACUAUUCUGGCUAACUAUCAAGGGGUGAUUUUUUCAGUUGCUUUUUCUGAAAUUCCUCUCCAGUCUGUGCACUGCAGCACUGUGAACCUUGACAGUGAAAAACACUAGAUGGCAGGCUUGCCAUCCGAAUAGUGAUUCUUGUAUAUUACCUUAUUCAAGUAUAGAGAGGAGAAUUUUGUCUAUUCAACCAAAAAAAAAACAUGUGUAGCUGAAUAAAGUAAUCAAAAUAUCAUUUUAUGCGCCUCAACCAUAAUAAUAAAGAUUGUAGCUAAAUAUAACUGAGUAGCUAAUCUGCCUUGGGUUUAAAAGAAAAUUCCCAGAAAUGUUCACAUUACAAGAAUUUCUUAUUGAAGGGUUUUUUAACUAGUUUUCCCCAAGGGACCACCAUUAUAACCAAGAAGCAACUUAGAGACUACUGCUUUGGCGAAUUAUUACUUUAUUUAUUUCACUGAAGGAGGAUAGAGCAAUACAGGGUAUUCAUUUGCAUCUGAUUGUCUAUUUUGGAAAUCUCAGCGACAUUUGACAUCAUUUGGACGGGUAAAUGAUUCACAAAAUAAGCUGGAAAAUAGAUCAAGUCUAAAUUGACUUGAGGAUUGAACCCACCACCUUCAAGGUUCAAGUCUAUUACUAUAACCGAGCCAUGCCCCUCGUAAUUUUGCUUGGGGAGCGGGGAACCUAUUCAAAUUUGCUACACUUGGUGAAACC